GCUGAGCUUCGAGGGGCUGAGCUUUGAUGGAGGACCACAUGGCAUGGCACAACGAGGAUAAGGGUUGUGAGUGCGACGUGUGUGGCAAGGUCUGGCAGUACCCGAGCGAGCUGGAGACCCACCGGCGGAUUCACACGGGAGAACGCCCCUUCGACUGCUCGGUCUGCGGCAAGAACUUCACCCGCUACGACAACCUGCUGCGGCACAACCGUGUGCACUCCGACGAGAGGCCCUUCACCUGCUCCGACUGCGGCAUGAGCUUCAAGACAACGCAGGUCCUGAAGAUCCACCAGCGAAUUCACACGGGCGAGAAGCCCAAGGCUGCUCAACCUGCGGGAAGCGCUUUGCCUAGUCAUCGGGGCUACAGCGGUACCGGUGGGUGCACAGCAGUGAACGACCCUUCACCUACUCCAACUGCGACAAAGGCUUCAAGUCAUCCAAGGAACUGAAGCAGCACAGGCGCCUGCACACUGGGAAGCGGCCCUACACCUGCAGCGACUGCUGCAAGGGCUUCACCUGCUCCACCAGGCUGCUGUACCACCAGCACACCCACACAGGCGACAGUCCCUUCACCUGCACCCAUUGUGGCAAGGGCUUCACCCUCUCCACCAGGCUGCUGUCCCACCAGCGGGUGCACUCCGGCAAGAGGCCCUUCAGCUGCUCCGACUGCGGCAAGAGCUUCAAGACGACGAAAGAACUGAAGGUCCACCAACGGGUGCAGCA